ACUCCUGGGUGCCCCCCGAACUCCUGGGUCCCUCCCGAACUCCUGAAUCCUAUAGCAGAAAGGUGGGGUCUAGGAUCCAAAUUUAGGCUCCUUGCCCCACCCGGACGCCUGGGUCCCCACCCGGACGCCUGGGUCCCUCCGAUCCCCCCCCCUCCCGUCCCCCUGGGUCCGUCUCUGAGCUGCGCGCCCCCCCGGGGGCUGCGUCCCAGGCUGGAGUCGCUGAAGCGCUGGAAUGGGGAGGGGGUGCUGUGGUGCGAGCGGGGGGCGCAGCUGCUGCUGACGGCCGUGGGGGCCUUCGCGGCCUGCCUCAUGACCAUCGCCAUCGGCACCGACUACUGGCUCUACGCCCGCGCCUUCCUCUGCAACACCAGCAACGCCUCCGGGGGGGGCGACGACGGCGGGGGGGGCGCCCGGGACCGCCUGGACCCGGGGGGGCUCACGCACUCGGGGCUCUGGAGGAUUUGCUGCCUGGAAGGGCUCAAGCGGGGCCUGUGCCUGAAGAUCAACCACUUCCCCGAGGACAUGGAGUACGACCACGACAGCGCCGAGUACCUGCUGCGGGUGGUCCGGGCCUCCAGCAUCUUCCCCAUCCUGAGCGCGGUGCUGCUGCUGCUGGGGGGGGUGUGCGUGGCCGCCAGCCGCCUGCGCCGCGCGCGCACCAGCCUGGUCCUGGGCGCCGGCAUCCUCUUCGUCGCCGCCGGCCUCAGCAACAUCAUCGGGGUGAUCGUGUACAUCUCUGCCAACGCGGGGGACCCGGGGACCAAGCGCGACGAGGACAAGAAGAGCCACUACUCGUACGGCUGGUCCUUCUACUUCGGGGGCUUGUCCUUCAUCCUGGCCGAGGCCAUCGGGGUGCUGGCCGUCAACCUCUACAUCGAGCGCCACCGCAAGGCCCGGGGGGGCCCCGGGGGGGGCCCGGGACCCCCGCCCCCCCCUCCGCCCCCCCGCGGUCCCCAAGGACCCCGCCCCCGCCCGCGCCGCCGCUCCCGCUCCAGCUCCCGCUCCAGCGAACCCGGCCGCUCCCGCGACGCGUCCCCGCCGCCCCCUCCCCCCCCGGGGAAAAGCGGGGGGGGGGGGGAGUGCGGGGGGGAGUGGGGGGGGUGGGGGUGCCCCCCCGGCUGAUAUCUCCAUGUACACCCUAUCGAGGGAGGGACCCCCCGGUACCGCCCCCCCCGGCACCCCCGGGCCCCCCUUUUUGCAGCUGCACAACGCGUUUGGGAAAGACCCCCCCGGGGGACCCCCCGAUAGCGCCUCGGGGACCAGCACCCUCAACCGCAAGACCACCCCCGUCUAGGGGACCCCGGACCCCCCCGGGACCCCCCGGGACCCCCAGACCCUCCGGGGACCAGCACCCCCAACCGCAAGGCCACCCCCAUCUAGGGGACCCCCAGACCCCCUCGGAACCCCCCGGGACCCCCAGACCCCCUCGGAACCCCCCGGGACCCCCCUGGGCCCCCCCCGGGACCCCCAGAACGACCCGAGACCCCCUCGGGACCCUCAGACCCCCUGGGGACCCCACCGGGACCCCCCAGAUCCCCCAGGGACCCCCCCGGGAUCCCCCAGACUCCCCCGGGACCCCCAGAUCCCCUCGAGACCCCCCCGGAACCCCCAGACCCUCCGGGGACCAGCACCCUCAAGACCACCCCCGUCGAGGGGACCCCCAGACCCCCCCGGGACCUCCAGACCUCCCUAAGACCCCCCCGAACCCCCCCAGGACCCUCUAGAACUCCUGGGGUCCCCCAGAUCCCCCUGGGACCCCCAGACCUCCCCAAACCCCCCUGGGACCCCCUAGAAUUCCUGGGGCACCCCCAGGGACCCCCAAACCCCCCGGGACCCCCCCCCUCCAUCAAGGGCUAAACUCCACUCCAGCUCUGAGCCCCCCCAUUCCACUGGGGGACCCUAAAACCACCGUCUCUUCAGGGGCUCCCCGAAACUGCCAGUUCCUUGCGGGGGGGGGGGGGGGGGCAAAACCGCUGUCAUUUGGAGGGGGUCCCCUGAAACUGUUCUCAUUUGGGGGGGCCCAAAACCGCCAUUUGUUGGAGGGGGGGGUCCCCAAAAUGCCAGUUCUUUGUGGGGGGUCCCUGAAACCGCUGUCUCGUGGGGGGUCCCCAAAACUGCCAGUUUUUUGGGGGGGUCCCUGAAACCGCUGUUUCUUGGGGGGUCCCUGAAACUGCCAGUUCUUUGGGGGGUCCCUGAAACCGCUGUCUCUUGGGGGUUCCCGAAACUGCCAAUUCUUUGGGGGGGUCCCCGUAACCCCCAUUUCCCGGGGGGGAGUCCCCAAAAGCGCCACUUUUGCCCCUCCCAACCUGUCCCUUUUUUGGGGGGGGUCCCCAGGGAGGACCCCUUGGGGUCCCUGUGCCUUAUGGGGGGCAAUGGGACCAGUGUGGCCCAGUACCGGGGCAGGAUCCGACCAGUACCCCCAGUGCCCCCCCCCACGGGACCAGUACCACCCCAGUAUGGCCCAGUGCUCCCAGUAUCCCCAGUGCCCCGGGCUGGCUGCAGAGCUGGGCUCUCCGGUGCAGCCUCAGACCAGUUGCUCCCAGUAACUGACCAGUUGCUCCCAGUAACCAACCAGUUGCUCCCAGUUACCACCCAGUCACUCCCAGUAUCCCCCAAUUGGUCCCAGUUACCCCCCCCAUCACUCCCAGUCACUCCCAGUCUCCUCCAAUUGGUCCCAGUUACCCCCCCCAUCACUCCCAGUCACUCCCAGUCUCCUCCAAUUGGUCCCAGUUACCCCCCCCAUCACUCCCAGUCACUCCCAGUCUCCUCCAAUUGGUCCCAGUUACCCCCCUCAUCACUCCCAGUCACUCCCAGUCUCCCCCAAUUGGUCCCAGUUACCCCCCCCAUCACUCCCAGUUGCUCCCAGUCAUUCCCAGUCUCCCCCAAUUGGUCCCAGUUACCCCCCCCAUCACUCCCAGUCACUCCCAGUCUCCUCCAAUUGGUCCCAGUUACCCCCCUCAUCACUCCCAGUUGCUCCCAGUCUCCCCCAAUUGGUCCCAGUUACCCCCCCCAUCACUCCCAGUCACUCCCAGUCUCCCCCAAUUGGUCCCAGUUACCCCCCUCAUCACUCCCAGUCACUCCCAGUUGCUCCCAGUCACUCCCAGUCCCCACCCACCACACCUCCCAGUCAGUCCCAGUGUCCCCCGCCCGGCCCCAUUAACGAACGUUGGUUAAUUGGGGAGGAAGAGGAAGCGGGGGGGCCGGGAUCGUUGGGAGCCCCCCCCUCCACGAGCACGCGCAGCGCCGGGUGCCCCAGGCCCCGCCCCCCUGUACAGCCCCGCCCCUUUGUACAGCCACGCCUCCAUUUCCCAUUGGCUCCGCCCCCUGUACAGCGCCGGGAGCCGCCCACCCUGGGGCUCGGCCACGCCCAUCCCGGGCUUGGCCACGCCCACCCCAGACUCGGCCCCGCCCACCCUGGGCUCGGCCCCGCCCCCUUGCAUGGAUUUUUACUGCGAUUUUGCUCUUUAAAAUAAAAUGGAAUCUCUGGA